CCUCAUUCAUUCAUUCCCGUGGCCGCUUGAUGCUGUGCUGGCUUUGCUCUCACUGCCCUGCGACUCCUGCCCUGGCUGCCGAAGGCCCCUUCCCGCCAUCUAAUGAUACACUCUGCAUACGCUUCUGUUGAAAAUUUGUGGCGAGACAUUCCUGUGGGACCAGGAAUCCAAAUUCUUGGGGCUGGAACCUCGCCUUCCUCUGAGCGGGGCAUGGCAUCCAACAGCAUCUUCGAUUCGUUCCCGACCUACUCGCCAACCUUCAUCCGCGACCCGAGCACCAGCCGCCGCUUCACACCUCCCUCCACGGCCUUCCCCUGCGGCGGCGGCGGCGGCGGCGGCGGAGGCAAGAUGGGCGAGAACAGCGGCGCGCUGAGCGCGCAGGCGGCCGUGGGGCCCGGCGGGCGCGCCCGGCCCGAGGUGCGCUCGAUGGUGGACGUGCUGGCGGACCACGCGGGCGAGCUGGUGCGCACCGACAGCCCCAACUUCCUCUGCUCCGUUCUGCCUUCGCAUUGGCGCUGCAACAAGACGCUGCCCGUCGCUUUCAAGGUGGUGGCGCUGGGGGAUGUGCCCGAUGGAACGGUGGUGACAGUGAUGGCGGGCAACGAUGAGAACUACUCCGCUGAGCUGCGCAAUGCCUCGGCUGUCAUGAAGAACCAGGUGGCCAGGUUCAACGACCUUCGCUUCGUGGGCCGCAGUGGGCGAGGAAAGAGUUUCACGCUGACCAUCACCGUGUUCACCAACCCCACCCAAGUGGCCACCUACCACCGAGCCAUCAAGGUGACCGUGGACGGACCCCGGGAGCCUAGACGACAUCGGCAGAAGCUGGAGGACCAAACCAAGGCGUUCCCCGACCGCUUCGGGGACCUGGAGCGUCUGCGCAUGCGGGUGACGCCGAGCACUCCCAGCCCCCGCGGUUCACUCAGCACCGCGGGCCACUUCAGCAGCCAGGCCCAGACCCCCAUCCAAGGCACCUCGGACCUGAACCCUUUCUCCGACCCCCGCCAGUUCGACCGCUCCUUCCCAGCGCUGCCGCCCCUCACGGAGAGCCGCUUCCCGGACCCCAGGAUGCAUUACCCCGGGGCCAUGUCGGCCGCCUUCCCCUACAGCGCCACGCCCUCGGGCACGAGCAUCAGCAGCCUCAGCGUGGCCAGCAUGCCGGCCACCAGCCGCUUCCAUCACACCUACCUCCCGCCGCCCUACCCGGGGGCCCCGCAGAACCAGAGCGGGCCCUUCCAGGCCAACCCGUCCCCCUACCACCUGUACUACGGCACGUCCUCCAGCUCCUACCAGUUCUCCAUGGUGGCCGGCAGCAGCAGCAGCAGCGGGGGCGACCGCUCCCCCACCCGCAUGCUGGCCUCCUGCACCAGCAGCGCCGCCUCUGUCGCCGCCGGCAACCUCAUGAACCCCAGCCUGGGUGGCCAGAGUGAUGGUGUGGAGGCCGACGGCAGCCACAGCAACUCGCCCACUGCCCUGAGCACGCCCGGCCGCAUGGACGAGGCCGUGUGGCGGCCCUACUGACCACCCGGGCCAAAGUGGACUGCUCCCGCGGGUGGCAGGGACCCCCAAGAACCUUCUGGACACGCAGCAGGCCCAGCUCCGGGCUCAGGGCAGGAGUGGGACUUAUGCUCCAGAGCAGUCCUGGGCCCAGGGUCCAUGGUCCUGGGACCCAGGGCGCGUGGCUAACUCUGGGAGCGUCUGGUCCAGCCGUUUCUUUGUACAGAGGGGUAGGGGCCUCCCCCAGGACCCUGCCCCCAGCCCAGACCCUAUUCAUCUCAUCUCACAUCCCUGGGGGAGAAGUAGCCUCCUCCUGCCAGCACCCCUGGAAUGACCUGGCUGUCCCCAGCUAUGCCACUGCUGUCACAGGGCCCAGGCCUCCUCGAACAGAGAGCAUCUCUGUUCCAGAGAGAGGUGGCCUUUGCCCACAUAAGAGGUUUGGCCUCUUAUCUGUGGGCCCCUAGAAAGACCUCCCGCCCCCCACCUUCCUCAGAGACCCCGAACCCCUGGGCCCAGCCCUCCGUCCGCAUUUAUACAAAUUGAGUCACAACUGGCAGGUCCCCCAGCCCUGAGAGGGGCUGCCUCGCGGUAUGGAUAGGGAAGGGACCCAUCCAGAGGCCCCAGGGAAUUGCCGGCAGAGGUGGGACAAGAACACCCCCAAGUCCGCAUCCCCCUGCCCCCAGCUCUGCUUCCCCACAACUCCUAGCAGCUAGGAGGCCCCAACCCCAUCCCAGCUGUCUGUGGGUCCCAGGCCCCAGAGCAGACUAUCCUGUGGCAGCAGGUCCCUAAAACCAGGGCAGGUACCUGCAGACGGGUCCUCCAUGCACUUUACCAGCCCGAGGCUUUCACCCUCUGUUCUCUCGGGGGAGCCAGGAAGGGUCCCUUUCCCCCUAGAUUGGUCCCAAAAUUGCUCCUUUGGGGGAGAGAGCACAGGGACCAGACAGGUCCUAGCAGAAAGCCUUGGGGUGAGGGGUCAUGAGGUCAGCUGUCAGCUUCCCUGUCCCUCUUAAGUCCCAGCCAAGCUGUGCACCCCCUCUACCCCCCCAGCCUCGUGAGAAGGCCCAGACACGCCUCCCAGCCUCAGACACACAGGUCUCCAUCUUUAACUGGUCUGCUCCCAAAGCAGCCUCGAACAAGAACCAGUUUUUAAAGCUGAUUUUAGAAAAAAGCUGGUCACACAUUUUCAGACACACAGUCUCUUACGGGGAAAGGCCCCACCAGCUUCUCCUCCUCCCCGAGAGUGUGGAAUUGUCAGGAUCCCAGUGUCUCGUCCAGAGGUCCCAUUCAUUCAGCAGCAGCCCACCAGCUUCCACCGAAGGCCGGCCCUGGUCCCGAACAGGGGCAACACCGGAGAGAGACGCUGCGGUCUCACGCCUAAGGCCCUCGGACAUUGGUCUGAGACGAGGUGAACCCCCGCAUCCCGUGGAGGUGGGAGGGCUGAGAGCUGGAGCGCAGCAGCUGCUUGAUGGAGCACGAGAGCUGUGAAGGCCUUGCCGGCCUCGGCCCAGCCCCCGCUGAGCUCAGAGGUCACGUAUUGUCCCUUCAGUUCCCAGGUAGGCACGCGGGCCCUGCCCAAGGGCUCGGGCUGCAUGGAUUCCCGUGUCUGAGUGUCUCAGUUCUAGAAAGGCGUACACGGAAAAGGAUAAGAAGGCUCUCCUGAGCACUGGACAGCCCAUGUGGUUUUGAGUCAUUGCUUCAGCCACAUCCCCAGAGGAUGUGGAAAUUUCCCCACAGAAGGCUAGCGGUUUUCCCUGUAAGAGCCCUUGGCCGGCCGCGCCCUCCCAGCCAGAUAAGCACCCUUUGUACACACUGAGACACGUUGGAAGUCCUUCUGGUAAUCUUACUCAAACCCUUCCUGCUGCCGUGGCUCUUAGCCCGCCCUCCCUGGACCAAGAAGUUUCCAUCUCUUCCAAACGGCUGCCGCGGGUGCCCUGCGGACUCCUUUCAGCCAGCAGGGCUCUCCACCCUUUCUCAGGAAGCAGCUACGCAUCCCUUGCCCCCCGUGACUUCUUCUCCCCUGUUCUCUGUGGUUCUAGACGGGCCCCAGGCCCGUGGGGGAGGCACCCUGGGGUUCCCAGUGCCCAGCACUUUGUCGCCCCUCCCCAGAUGACUACCCCUUCCUGCUGGGGGCAGGGACCCCCCCCCCCCACCACACACACACUCCAUGACUAAAAGUGAUGGCAGCCUUUCUGAGUCUGUUUUUUUAAGUCAUAUGAGGCGAGCCCACUGAUGUAGAAGCACAAGGAAACGGGGUUUUGAGACCACAUUACUGUAAGCCUUUGGUGUGGGUAUAGGUCCUUUGUGACAUAUUGUCAUACUGCAUUGUCCAUACCUGCUACACUCGGAACUUCUGUAAAACCACCCAAGAGCUGAGAAGAGGGUGGAAGGGGUAGAAACUGCUUUGCACUAUAAUUUGCUUGGUGUGUUUGUUUUUAAUGCACAACUCGCUUGUACAGUAAACUGUCUGUCUUCCGUACUAUUUAACUGUAAAA